CCGCCGCCGCCGGGGCCAUGGCCGGCCGCACCGUCAGGGCCGAGACCCGCAGCCGGGCCAAGGAUGACAUCAAGAAGGUCAUGGCCACCAUCGAGAAGGUCCGCAGAUGGGAGAAGCGCUGGGUGACCGUGGGAGACACGUCCCUCCGUAUCUUCAAGUGGGUGCCGGUCGUCGACCCGCACGAGGAGGAACGGCGCCGGGCGGGGACAGGGACCGAGAGACCCCGAGGCCGGGAGCGGAGGGGUCGAGGGAGCAGUCCCCGGGGGAGUGGACCCCUUAUCCUGCUGGACCUCAACGCAGAUGAAAACAGCAACCAGAGCUUCCAGUCAGAGGGCUCCCUGCAGAAGGGUGCGGACCCCAGUCCCGGGGGGACCCCCCAGCCCAGCCGCCCAGCCUCCCCCACGGUCCCCCCGGAUGGGACCCCUGAGGACACCCAGCCUCCCCAGCUUGGCCCAGAGAGAGAUCCCGGGGGGCUGAUGGUGGGUGGCACGGAUGAACCGCCGAUGCUGACCAAAGAAGAGUCUGUGCCGGAGUUACUGGAGGCCGAGGUGCCCAUAGCUUACCCCGCCUUUGAGCCUGUGCCCGCUGUGCCCGAGCCAGAUGCAAGGGAGGCAGAUGACUCAGAAGGGACGCCUCCCCUCAAACGCAUCUGCCCAGAAGUUCCCGAAGGCAGUCCCCUCCCGCCCGAUCCCUGAGACUCACCUGCUCCCACGCCCUUUCCCUGGCUUUUUACAAUAAAAAAACCAAAAACCU